CAGCAAAAUAUCGAUUUAUCAAUAAUUUUUCUAUGGUAUUAUCACCGGUUAUUAUCACUUUAAUAAACUGUUUAUCCUCACGGCUUUUGACCAUAGACCUUAUACCUCAGUAGACUAUCCUUAUCUUAUCAAUUUGAAACGGAUUCCGGAACCUACUACUGUAAUGUGUGUAUUGCGUUUUACUUAUUUUGGUACCUACCUAUUACAUACUUACAAGUUACAAGUUACUAUUUUGUAACAAUCAGUAUAAAUAUAUUAAUAAUACAAAAAAACUUAAUUAGAUUUUCAUUAUUAAAAUAGACGAAAAUAAUAUUUGUUAUUGAUCGAUUUUAAAUAGUAUGUCCGCAUUCGAGUAUUACGCCAAGGCAAAAUUGCAAAUGGAGAGCAAAAAAUUGAAAAAUAAGAAGAAAUUAAAACAAAUUUCAGUUAAGAAACUUAAAACCACACACGGAGUAACUCGCCCAAAAAAAACUGGGCAUAAUUUUGUUUUAAAUAAAAUUUACAAUCUAAAUUUAAAUAAUUCUACUAAGAUAGGCCAAAAAUUAUUUGAAUGGUUGAUACAUCCAUUUAGUAUUGAAGAUUUUAUGAAGUGAGUACAUUUCUAUUAGUUUUAAAUCUGAGUAAAACAAUGAAGGCCACAGUUAAAACAGUGUAUGAUUCCCUAACUAAUAAUCCAUCAAGUUUUAAGUAUAAUUACUUCAAAAUUAAAGAAAAUGGACUAUACUCUUCAAAUAGAUAUUAUGUAUUUACUUAUUGAAAAAAAAUUUAAAAAAAAUGGUAUUAACUUACUCCAAUAUUUUUAUAAAUUUGAAAUUUUAUGUUGUACUAAUCUGAUUAUUAUUACAGUUUUCACAAGCUUUUUGAUUUUUUUUUUUAAUUUUUACAAAUGUAAAACAAAUAUAUGGACUAAUACCCUGUUACAGUAGUUUUAACGCGAUUUUGACUAUAUAGGUAAUUAAAAACCAUAAGUAUCAUGCAUACCUACUGUAAAUCGUAUUAUUCAACUUUUGUUAAAUGAUUUUUGAAAGGGUUGUUAUAAAUGAAAAAAAAAAUUAGGUCUGCAAUGCGUAAAAGGUUGAAAACCAAGGUCUAUUACAAGACAUGAUAUAAAUUAUGGUACAAGGUAUAGUUUACAGUAGCAUAUAAUUAACAUAAUUAACAUUUUAUUUUAAAUACCUAUAAUAAUUUUUUUUUUUUAUAUAAAUUAAAAAGCAAAUAAAUGAAAAAUAGAAAACAUAAUAAAAAAUAAUAAUAAAAUCUAAUAUUAUAAAUUAAUAAGUAAGAGAUUAUAGUUAAUAUAGAAUAUUUAUAGAUUUUAUAUUAUAGAACUCUUAUAUUUACUAGUACCUAUUGCUUUAUGUGAAAUAGUACUCCAAUAUUUUACUAAAAUUAUGUUUUUUUUUUCAGAAAUAAUUGGGAAAAGUCCAUCCUUCAUGUUUCUAGAAAUGACCCUAAUUACUUUUCUGAAUUAUUUUCCAUUACUGAACUUGAUACCAUUCUUCGUCAAAAUAAUCUUCAGUAUGGUACCAAUGUAGAUAUUACAUCAUAUGCAAAUAAUGUACGUGAAACACAUAAUCCAGUUGGCCGAGCUCAUCCACAUGUAGUUUGGGAUUAUUUCAACAAUAAAUGUAGUGUCCGUCUACAGAAUCCUCAGCUAUUUGCUCCUGAAAUUUAUAAAUUCAUGGCUAACUUACAAGAAUAUUUUGGCUCAUUAGUUGGUUGUAAUGUUUACCUAACACCACCAUUUUCUCAAGGUUUUGCUCCUCACUAUGAUGAUAUAGAAGCAUUUGUCGUGCAAGUGGAUGGAGAAAAACAUUGGAGAGUUUAUAAACCACGGUAAUAGUUAAAAUAUAUAAAUAUAUACAAUAUCAAACGAUUUUUAAAAUUGCAUUUUUAGAAGUAAAUUUGAAACCUUGCCAAGAAAAUCUAGUGGAAAUUUUCAUCAAGAUGAAAUUGGUAAACCAAUUUUAGAUGUGAUAUUAAAACCUGGAGACUUUUUGUAUAUGCCCAGAGGUUAUAUUCAUCAAGCUGAUACAUUAUUUACUGAAACUCAUUCUUUGCAUUUAACAUUUUCAACUUACCAACAAUAUUCUAUGUAUGAUUUUCUUCAAGUGGUAAGAACAAUGUUUAAGUAAUUUAUGUUAUGCAUUUUAUUUAAUAAUCUUAUUCAUCCAUAAAACAUUAUUAUUUUUUAAGUAUGAUAAAUAUGGGUAUUUGCAUUUUUGACCUGGUUAAUACUUUACCAUGUACAUCUAUUGUUAUUAUAUUCUUAAAUAAAACUGUUACAUAAUAUGCUUAAUUAAUUAUUGAGUUGUGUAGUUUUCACAACUUAGAUUUUCCUUCUUUCUCCUAUUUCUUUUUAAUUUUUUUAUAGAUUUUAAUUUGAUAAUAUUUUACAGGUAAUUAAUAAUUCUUUGAAUAAUGCAGUAAAGAAUGAUGUAGCCUAUAGAUCUGGAUUACCAAUUGGAUAUCAACAUUUUGGAGGUUUAUGUAUAUCAGAAAAGCCUUAUACUGCUCAAAGGCAAACAUUUGAAAAUCAAAUUAACCAACUUAUACAGAACUUAAAAAAACACAUCGAUCUUGAUCAUGCUGUUGAUAUGUUUUCACUUAAAAAUUAUUAUACUAAUUCAUUGCCCCCAUCAAUAAGUGAUUGUACGUUUACAGAGAUAUUAAGUCUUUAUUUAUUCCCUCUGUUUUAUAUUAUUAAUUAACAAAUUCAAAUAUUAAAACGUAUACAUUAAUUUGUAGUUGAAGCGCUUCGAACUGUUGCUAAUGGUACAAAGAUGCAAUCCAAUGGGAAAACAACAGAAGCAGUCGAUAUUGAAAAUUCAGAAGUUAAACUUCUCAGGAGAAAUUGUUUUAGGUAAAUUGUAAAACCUUGUCUUUUCAUAACAGUAUUUACAUUUAUAAUAUAUUUAAUAUAAGAUACAGAUCUUCUUCUUUGUCUUCAUCACAAAUAUUUGUAGUUGUCCACCCUCGUCCUAAAUUUCUUGACCUGAUUGGUAUAUUGGUAUCUAAUUUAUUUUUUAAAAAAAGUAUGGAGCAAAGUGCAUAAUACUCAAAUUUAACUUUAGCCAUAGAUUAUUUCACAAUAUCUAAAAAUUAUAAUUUAAUAAUAUUAAAUAUUUCUUUGAUUGUUAAUUAAAACAUUUGUUAUAAUUGUAUAAUAGAAAAUUAUUAAUUAUAGGUUAGUUGAAGAAACCAUGUUAGACGAAGAAACAGAUAAAAUGACUAAUGAAUUUAGAUUAUAUUACAAUCUAGAUAAUACUAAAUUAUUAUAUGGUAAUGAAUGUCAAUUUGUCAUCAUACCUGAUGAAAUGGGAUUGUUUGUAAAGAAAUUAUUUAAUACUUACCCAUCAUUUAUUAAAUUUUCUGAUUUGUGUGAUGAUAAUGAACAGGUUUAUAUAAUAUUAUAAUUUAAUUAUUUAAAGGAAGCUAAACACAAAAGAAAACAUCUAAUGAUAAUUUAGAUGUUUAAAUUUAUAAACUUUUACUAAUAAUUAAAAUAUUUUUCAGGCUAUGCAAUUAGUGACUGAUUUAUGGGAACGUGGUUUAUUAAUUACCAAAGAUGUUGCCUGUUGAUACAAUUAUAUAUUUAACAAAAUGAAAAUAACUAUCAAAAUUUGUGUCUAAACAGAGAGAAGAAACAAUUAAUUUUUUAAAAAGUAAUAUAAUAUUUUAUACAUUUUGUAUUAAUUUGCUUUUAGCAAUUACGUAUUCAGUGUAGCUGAGAAAGCCGUCAUAAUUUGUGUCAUCUUCGUAUAAUAUUUGAUCCACUAAACCUACAAAUAUACAAGAUAAUAAUAUGUUUUAUUUGUAAUUUAAAAAAGACUGUACCUAUAUAAUCUUCUAAGUUAAGUUUAAAUGUGCUGACUUCAUAGUUUUCCAUAUUAUGAGCAAACGCAGACAUAAGCUCUAAUCCAUCCAGCAUUGUAUUUUUAUCAUAAUCAUGAGCACUAAAAUAACAAUUUAUUUAUUUGAUUAUUUUAAUAAUAUUAAUAGAACUAUGUAUAAUGUUACUCACAUAAAAUAUCUAAAUUCUAACUCUUCUUCUGUUAAAUUUCUAUCAUUGAUUUCUGGAAGUCCAAGAUCUUCUUCAAUAUGUCUGUUUUAUUAAAAAAUAAAAAUCUCAAAUGUUUUU